AUGACGGUGGAAGAGAAACAUCCCCUGUCACCCCAAUCAGGCACAGAGGAGCAGUACGACGAGAAGGAGAAGCUGCUGCAAGAGGUGGUCGACAACGCCACCGAGUUUGGCAAUUUUCGACGACGAGCUCCAAGGCCGAAAGCUGUAGCUAGUGCCGCACGUGAUGCUGCUCUUGCGGAGGUUGACACCAGAAAAAGGAGAAGGGAGGACCAGGACCUGGACUUCGUUGAGAGAAGAGCAGAACGUGAAUUCACAAUCAAGGAAAGGCAGCUGAAUCUGGAGGAAAGGAGGGUCCAGCUUGAAGAAAGAAGGCUUCGGCUGGAUGAGGACAGAGAAGCAUUUGACAGAUAA